UUGUAGUCGGAACAACGCUCGUCUGGUCACACGUGAGAGUUAAAGUACCUGUUGCUGCUACAAGGAUUUUACUAUGGGUGCCAUGUUCACUGUUCGGCCGACGCCAGAGGAAAGACGCCAAGACCUCCCUGCUGUCCCAUGGGACGCUCUCCCACAGGAGGCACUAGUAAAUGUGUUUAGCUACCUAAAGGAUGGGGACAGGUGUCAAGCGUCACUGGCCUGUAAGGCCUGGCACAGAGUCUUUCGAAUGGCCUGCCUCUGGCGUCGCCGCAGUUUUGAGUUUCGAGGAACCGAUAUGCAGCAGGGGUGUUACGACGGCUUCCUCCGUGAGCACGGACAGCACCUGCAGCACGUUAGUCUGGAGUUUGCUGAACCGGACAGAGCCGUUGUACAGUGCUUCAAAGCGUUUGUGGCCACAGCAAAUGAGUGCGCUGAACUGAGACUUCUGUCAAUCAAGGUUCAAGAAUUCUUCUUACCCAACUUGCGGAAGAAAUGGUCCGGUUACCGAAAAAAGAUGGUGCAAGCCCUGUGUUUGCUGCUGAAACGGCAACCGAUGCUGCAAGAGGCCGAGUUUUUCUUCUGCGAGUUCACACACAACGAGGGUCUGCGGGUGCUGAAGGCUCUCACUGAUGACCUGCCCUUGAUGACCAGGCGGAAUAUCAUCACCCUCAAACUAGAAGCGUUCUUCCAGCGUCGGACAGUGAACCUCAGCUUGAGGACCUUCACCGAGGUCAUGGGUCGCUUUACCGCGCUCGCUUUCCUGCGUGUGGACCAGCACUACCUGUGUGAGGCCGUGCUGGACAAGCUCAUCACCGGCUGCGCACAAACGCUGCGCCACCUGGACAUUGUGAUGAACACGACGGUGGUGCACGCCAUCGACUCGCACACCUGGUCGCUCGCUGUCCAGCGGUGUCCGUCACUAACUGUCACAGUGAGGUUAUAUGAUGCAUACACCUUCGAGGAGUACUCUCGUGUGCUCGUGGCGUCAAUGCCUUUGACCAGAGUGGUUCUAUGGGACAUGUGCGGGAUGUGUGAGAUAACGUUUGCUGACGUGGCGCGUUUCCUCGGAUAUGUCUCUGGCAUUUUCUUCAACACCAUCGAGGUAGUGGGAGUAAGUGAUAAUAGUUGCCUGACGUUGGGCUUGGAGGCUGAGGGAUACCUGGAAAUGGAAAAGGCAGUUGUCAACCUCAUCGAGAGAUGUGUACCACUAAAGAAACUUUUCCUAUGCAUCCCCCUGAUGCCAGAGACACCGUCACGUGUUGUAGCCGCCCGCCUACAGAAUGAAAUGAAACGACUGGAGGUAACGGUUGUGGUGGAAGAAAAGAUUAAUACAGAGUAUAUCGAGCAAAGAUGGCCGACGUUUCGUGCAUUAAGCUUUGAUGACUUCUUAUCGACGAUUUUUAAAUUUUUUAAAGAACUUUUUCUGUCUUUUAUUUAGUCUGUUUUUAAAAGCAGAACUUAAAUGGCCGAUGAAGUCGACUACUUUAUACUGGAGAUGACAGCAAGUUUAUUUUUCACACUUGAACCGUUCUUCGACCUGCUGUUGCUAAUGAUGAUGAGAGAGACAUGACACACUGAGUGGAGUACGAUUACUAUUUGCAUGGAUCCACAUGCCCACCCACACACCCACAUUCAUACAAAUACGUGGUUACGAUGAUUGCAUGAAGCUACAGCCGCAAGCUGCCUUGGUGUUCACUUGGAUGCAAAUGAAUCAACGCACGGUAGUCGCCAUAGCAACCAGCUAUUGACUUUCAAAUCUGUCCAAGAAAUAAAUAUAACCCCCGUAAGUAUAAACUGUCACCAGACGCACACAACACCCAAUGGUAUGCAGAAUAUUUGUAAUCGACAUCAGAAGCGACUAAGUUGUGCAACAAAGAAGACAUUAAUGAAUUUCAUAACGAGAAGUGAUCGCAGUUCAGAAAACAAACUAAACCACAGUCUGAAGAUGAGGAGAGCAUCAACAAGGACAUAGCCAGGCGCUGACAUAGCGACCAUGGCAUUAUUCAAUGAACCUGAAGCUGAAGUUUAAAGCGAGGCGACUCUCAAUUAUCCCGAAUUCUCUCAGAUGUGGAGAAACUGCAAGACCUAAUGUUCCAGAAGUCUUCAAGGCAACAGUCGGAGGAACAUUUGGCGCACUGAACCUGGUGGAGGGAGAUGCAGACACACUCACUGGAAACAUUAAAGGGGCGCUACUGUCGACAGCAUAGGAGGGUCUAGGGCGACAUAGGAAUAAGAAACAAGCAUUGAUCACGAAUGACAUCCUAGAACAAAGAAGGCCUUGAAGACAGAAGAGAAAAGCAAACCCGAAGCUGUUUCCAAAUACAUGGAAGUGAUUUAUGCCAAAAAGAAAGGGAUGAAGGCAGCUAGAGAGAACUGGAUGGAGAGCAGUAAUUAGAGACGGUAACUAAACACAAAUCCUAUCUAAUUCCAUGCAAGUAAUACAAAACAUCGUUUUAAUUUUGUUC